GUCAUAUUGCAAAAUAAUAUAAGUUGGGCGUUUCUCUUUGGUUCAUUCCCUUUCCGUAUUUGUUCAUUAAGCCAACCGAGGUAGGGCGGUUCUGAGUUUUGCGUCAUUGAUUCACCAUUCUGUUACCAAGUAAGAUCUUACUCAAGUAGUACAUACCUCCAGCUUCAGCUCGUAAACUAUAUCUCCAAGCAAUUCAAUCAUUCGCAGGAUUCGAAGAUUGAAGGAAGUAACUCAUCAAUAUAGUAGUAUCAACAACAAGAUAUCUACAAGAUGAGAUUCGAUCAGUCCUUCGGCCUCGCGGCUGCAACAUUCGGUUCGUCCCCAUAUAUUUACUGCUUUCCACUACAUCUCCACUUUCCCCGGAUUUUCACCAGGUAUUGACUUUGACCCACAAGCUCCACUCACAUCUGCACUCGCAACAUUCAGUCCUUCAUCAAAUGGACCGAGUUACAGUGUGGGAAUUCCCUCGAACUCGGCAAUAUCCACCACCUCUCAGGGAGGAAUAUACUUCUCCCUCUCUGCCCCAACUUCAUAUAGUUGGGUAGGAUUGGGAAUAGGAGAACAGAUGGCUGGUGCGAGCAUUUUUGUGAUGUAUGCGGAUGGUAAUAACAAUGUCACAAUAAGUGGAAGGGCAGGAAAGGGACACGUCCAGCCUCAGGUGGAUAAUACACUACAGGGUGGUCUCACACUUUUGGAGGGAAGUGGAAUCGUUAACGGAAAAAUGGUAGCAAAUGUUCAUUGUGAGAUCACCCUUCCCAAAACCCUAAUAGUUUGGAAAGCAGUCCAACAUGACUAACAAAAACUCAGGUACAACUUGUCGACUAUCAUCAGACCGCACUUCAACUUCGUCUCCCUGGAUUGCUGCAUGGAGCCAAGGAGCAGCGUUAAACACGAAGUCCCCCUCAGCAACGAUAAAUCAGCAUUCUGCAUAUCAGCAACUUACUCUCGACCUCACCCAAGCAACUAUGAAUACUGACAGCAAUCCUUUUGUUGGUGCUGCUGCUGCAGCUGCUUCUGGAACUUCUACCUCUGGUGAAGAUAACACCAAUAGGGGACGACCCGGCUCAGGAGGGCCUGGGUCGGAUGAUAACAGAUCAGGUGUUGUCCCAAGUCCAAAUUCUGGUGCAACCGUCGUUGGUCAGGGUGCCGCCAGAAAAGCCCAAGACCGACAAAAAGCACAUGGUAUUCUCAUGGGCGUGGCAGUGGUGAUCUUGUUUCCUCUUGGGGCAAUAUUCAUGAGAUUGGGAGUAAAUCCAUGGAUACAUGCCGGCAUUCAACUUGUCAGCUAUACUCUGAUGAUCGCUGGCAUGGCAAUUGGAAUCAUCUUUGUGAAUGAUGUUCCUUUCCUGGUAAAUAUAAUCCAUCUUUUACUUCACAAGCACAAAACUAACCAAAUCACAGACUUUCAAAGUGACCCACUUUGCAUUUGGACUUGCGAUCGUUGCUCUCCUUUUCCUCCAACCAUUCUUCGGUCUUGCGCAUCACUUCUUGUAUGUGAGACGCCAGAGUCGAACUCCCAUUUCGUAUGUACACAUUUGGUACGGUCGCGCCUUGAUGCUUCUGGCUGUUAUAAAUGGAGGUCUUGGCUUGAAACUGGCAAACAACUCAAGAGGAGGAAAGAUUGCUUAUGGUGUUGUGGCUGGUAUUAUGGGCGUUGCCUACAUCGCUGUUGUUAUUCUCAAGAGGAAAGGUAGCGCUCCCCGAAACGCCAUCAAGCACGAACGUACAAGAGAUUCAGCAAGUUAAAAAGGAAUUGAGCGGGUAAGAGGCAUUCUUCGAACCGGUGUUUGGAAACUUAUGAGGGAAAUUUUCAUUUUGGAUACCUGGCACUUGCUUCGUCGCGUCCAGGUUUGACGUGAUUUUGAAAAAUCUUUUAGCCAGCUUGUUUUGAAUAUUUUCUGUUGUUUUGUGGCACAUGAUACAAAUACAUAUUUUUUCGUGCUAUCUCUCCGU